ACCACCAAAAAAAAACACUAAACACAUACAAUAAAACAAUCCCACUCUUCCAUCCUAAACAACAACACAUGUCUCUUCACAACAUGUCACCACAGUCAAGUUUUUCACUAGCACCAUCAUAUCCUGUACCCGUUCCACGCUCACCAUGGCACUCACCGGUCCCGUACCUCUUCGGCGGCCUUGCCGCCAUGUUGGGUCUCAUCGCUUUUGCCCUCUUGAUUCUCGCCUGCUCCUACUGGAAGCUGUCCCGGAAUUUACGCAACGCUGCGGCCAAUAGAGACCUCGAGGCUGGAGCGGGUGCUGGAGAUGUUAAACCGGAUGUUAACAAGAUUCCGAGGGUUUUCGAAGAGACGUUUAUGGUGAUUAUGGCUGGAGAAGAGAAACCGACGUUUUUGGCAACUGCAAGUUCGGUUAGAACGGCGUCGUUUGGUGGUAAUGGUUGCCGGUGUGGUUCGAUGACGUCGUUGGAUGAUUCGACUUUGGAGAUGGAGAAAGAUGAGAGAUGUGACCAGGGACAAGUAAGGACCAUGGAGUAGGGGUGUUGGUCAAGUUUUUUAUUCGGGUCGGGUUAUUUAGGGUUUUUUGUGUAUGAUAUUGUAUCUGAUAACUGAUUAGUAUCAUAAUUGGGUUCGGGUUAUUCGGUUAUCGGGUACAGUUAGUUUUGACAUGAGCAAUGAGCCUGCAGAACAUGAUAUCUUAUAUUUGGUGUUUUUUGCGGUUUUUGUUUGAUUACCGAGAAAGUAUAUAUGAAGUUUUGGAGUUGCUAA